AUGAAUCACCCCGCCGCGCCUGCUCCGGUGGUGUCCAGAAAGCCGGCUGACAGAGCGCCAUUAGCAGCAACAUCCUCGCAGCCGCUUGCGCCCAAUUGUGACAGUCACCGCAAGAUUGCGAUGCAAGACUUGCCGCCCACAAGAACCACUCGGGGUCAGCGUGUCCACGAUGCAAGAAUUGCCCUGGUCGGCAAAGAACACUCUGGCGGGGCUGCCGCCGGGGGGACCAACAGGGGUGUUGAGAGGGAAGCUGUUGCUCUGGCAAGUGGGUUGUGGCGCGGUGGCCAGCACUCCAGUCACGUUUAUAGAGAUACUCUGGCGAAACGCUCAACCUACGCCAUUGAUGUAGGCAGAGACAGCCACGUUGAGAAGGACGUGAACAAGGCGAUCGGCGUGAUAGAAGAGGUGGAGACUGAGAUAGUGCGCAAGAAGGAGGUUUCGCGGCGGGUGAAAGGGCUGCAGGAGGCAAUAAGCGCCACCAAGCAUGACGACGGGCAGCUGACAGCCGAGUAG